UUUCUUUUUUUUUUUUUUCCUUUUAUUUCUCUUUACGAUUACCGUUAUUCUUACUAUGAAUACUCAGGAACAACUAGAAGCCUAUGCUCGUGAUAUGCUAACAUCGUAUUGGAUGCAAUCGCAACAACAACCACAAGCAUUUACACCUUCUCCUUUUCAACAGCAACCACUUGGAAUGACAAUGCCUAUAUCUUCUUACUCACCUAUGCAGCCUGAUCCUUUACAGUCCUGGCUUCAUCAACAGCAAGCAUAUGCACCAUCAUCACCUCCAGCGUCUGUGGUAUCGUCUCUUGGUCAUCAACAGCCACCUUCACAUCACCAAAAUAUUUCUUCUCCAUCAUAUCAACAACAACAACAACAACAACAACAACAAAAUUCCCUACCUAGUCCUGCUCCAUCUCCACCUGCAGCUUCUCCACAAGGUAAGGCACAAUCGAAACAAGAAGAAUCAACGUUUUGGGCACCACGAAAAACAUCAAAGAAACGAACUUCAUGGUGGAAAAAAUCCGACAACAACAACAAACGAUUAUCCAAUAAUGAUCUAUCCAAAAAAGAGGAAACUAAAGAAGAACAAGCUGUUACAAUGUAUUCAUCAUCUCCUGUGCAACCAGCAUAUUCAUCACCACCACCUCCAGCUCCUCCAGCUCCUCCAGCUCAACCAGUAACACCUCCACAACAACAGCAACAACCUGUAGAGCAUCAUCAAACGGUACAAACACCAUUUUCAACAUUACCAGUGCCUUCUCCACAAAGCGGUUUCUUUGUCUAUUACACUCCACCUCCACCUCCUCCACCUCCACCAGCUGCUCCCAAACCUGAGGCUCCCAAAGGACCCAAGACAACCAUGGCUAAUCCAAGAGUCGAUACCAAUGAUAGAUGUUUGAUUAUGUAGCGUCGUAUAGUUUACGUAUAUCCUAGUUAUCAUAUUGUAGCCAAUCUAUACUUAUUAUAUUUAUUUUCUAAAAUAAAAUAUUAUCAUCCUUUUUUUUUACAUA